AUGGAGCCUCUGCCGGGGUGGACGACCUUUUGCGACCACACUCGUGGGAUUCUUAUGGAGAAAUUAAAUAAAUCGUUUUACACAAAUGACGUUGUGUCCGAGAAGGACGGUGAUGAUGAUGAAGUGUCCAUGACUGAUGGAGACACUAGCACGAACGUGCGUACCAGAAAGCGUCAGCUAUCGAAAGCGAGCAUAAGAUCGCGUUCGCGAUCUCGUUCACUGUCGCUCUCUGACGAGGGAUCGACGCGAUCUUCGGCGUCGAAAAUACCUACGGCUCGUAGAGGAAGAGGCCGCCCGCCUACUACUGGGCAAUAUGUCGGCCUGGCGAAAGCCAAAAACGAGUACAUAGAAGCUAGGAGGCGGGAACUCCAAGUCCAAGCCGAGGAAGAGACUGCGGAUCUAGCUCACCGCCUGCGAGAGCAAAGGCUUGUAACGGCGAAAGAAGUAGCGCAGUGUACUAGCGAGGUGGACACCGCCGAAGUUAUCAGUAAACAAAUUCGCGAUGAUGUCUCUAUGAUUUUAACGGUGGCCAAAAAUUCAGGAAACCUAAAAGGAACAUACCAGAAAUCACUAAAAGAUGUUGCCGCAUCUAUCGAGGCAAACUUCGAAAAGAUCCGGACUCACACUGUAAGUGAAGAGACGAAAGCACUUCAAGCCAACAACAAUUUCUUGAAUGCCAGAAUUAAAGAGCUUGAGAAGAAAUUGGCAGUGUUAGAAGCUACAAUUGAGCACAUGAACCAGCAGCGGAUGUCUACAACCGCUGCUGAUAAGAGUGUAGAGGAUCCGGCAUUAUCUAUGGACAUGACUCCUGAUUCAAUGCUGCAACCGCAAGGGCAUCGCAGGACGACGACAUCUAAUAGGGGAAGGCGACCACCGUCUUUGUCUCCGCAAUCUGAUGUCGAUCAACGGCUGCUGAAAGCCAUAAUGAUGCAGGUGGGAACGAUGGUGAAUGCACGGUUCGAAUCGUUUGAAGAGCGGCUCCCCCCUGCGGAGCGUCUGCGUCCGCCACUGGCAGCGGACGCCAAAACUAGAAAGAAGGCGUCAUUCGCAUCCGUGGUAGAACACAAACUUGCAACAGCGCCUCAUACGACGGACCCAAAAAUGACGGGUAAUCCCUCUCCUGAUGUUGCAGACACGCAACAGGGGAAGAAGAAGAAAGGGGCAAACGCAACAAUUGCAAAAGCUCCAAAAGCAACCAACAAACCGCCUACGACAUCAGUCCCAAAUCCUGGCGCAGACGAAGAGGGUUGGAAUGUAGUUGUGGGUGGUCGCAAAGCAAGGAAGAAAGCAGCCACUGGCACCAACCCAAAAGCUAAGCCACCACCGGCAAAGAAGAAGAAGCCCAAGUUGCGACCACCUCGGUCCGCUGCUGUGGUCAUCACGCUACAGGCAGAAGCCAUAGAAAAGGGCAUCACAUAUGCGGAUGUUUUACUCAAGGCCAAGGAAAGCGUAGUGCCUGCUGAGCUCGGAAUUGAGCACAUUCGCUUCAGGCAAGCCGCGACUGGGGCAAGAAUAUUGGAGCUGCCGGGCACUGAAGGUGCAAAGCAUGCUGACAAACUAGCCGAAAAACUAAGGGGCGCUCUCGGUGAAGUCGUCAAAGUUGCUAGACCUACCAAGUGCGCAGAUUUGCGUAUAUCCGGUCUGGACGACUCUGUUUCGCCGUCCGACGUUCUUGCAGAGAUUGCGAGAAAGGGGAACUGCGACGCAGGGUCCGUCAAAGUUGGGGAGAUUCGUCGAGGCCCGGGUGGCAUGGGCACUGUUGUCGCGAAGUGUCCAGUAGCAGCGGCGAAAACCCUAGUCGACGCAGGUCGAAUUUUGGUCGGAUGGAGUGCUGCGCAAGUACGCGCGCUAGAGCCACGACCUCUGAAGUGUUUCCGGUGUCUAGAAGGAGGACACACCCGAGCCCGAUGCACGGCCCAGAUAGACCGCAGCGAACUCUGCUAUCGCUGCGACGGAGGAACAAGGCUGGUCAGACCACUGCCCCCCCUGUAG